CACUCAUCUACCACUAAAAGAAUUUCCCAUAAUUUUCAUCCCGCGUAAUUUCUUUUCGAAAGCUUUGAUUCCCAGAUUUUCAAUCUGUGUAUGGUGUUAGGAGAAGCACCAAAAAAAAAAAAAUGGUUGGAAAACGAAAAGGCAAGAUUAUCAAGAGAAGAGUUAAAUUCAAAGGAAAAUGGAGAAUCAAGAAAGCAGUAGUUGUUAAAGAUGAAGGGGUUAGUCCACUUGUGAAGAAGUAUUGGGUCCAAAGAUAUGAUCUUUUUUUGAGAUAUGACCAAGGCAUUAAGAUGGAUGAAGAAGGCUGGUUUUCCGUUACGCCGGAGAAGAUUGCCCUCAGGCAUGCCAGCCGCUGUGGCGGUGGUGUCGUCAUUGAUGGUUUCGCUGGAGUUGGUGGCAAUGCUAUCCAGUUUGCCACUAUGUGUCAUCACGUCAUUGCUAUUGAUAUUGACCCUAGAAAAAUCGCAUUGGCUUUUGAAAAUGCAAAGAUAUAUGGUGUUGAAGAUCAUAUUGAAUUCAUUGUUGGAGACUUUUUCCAAUUGGCCCCGUCCUUGAAGGGGAAUGUAGUAUUUCUUUCACCACCAUGGGGAGGUCCAGCAUACAGCACAAAGGAAUCUUUUGCUCUUGACUUGCUGAAGCCAAAAAAUGGUUAUUCAUUAUUCCAAGUUGCUCAAAGCGUAGCGCCAAAUAUCAUUAUGUACUUGCCUCGUAAUGUUGACUUACUGCAAGUUGAAGAGCUCGCUUGGUUGUCUUCUCCCCCCUUGAAAGUCGAGAUUGAAGAGAAUAUGCUUCAUGGAAGGUUGAAGAGCAUAACUGCUUAUUUUGGUGACAUUGCAUUCUCAGACGUCAGCAUGUUUUAACUCUAACCGGAAUCUAACAACAUUCCUUGUACUUCUAUGUAUCUCUUUUUUUUUUUUUUUAAUCAAAAGAAGAGUAUGUACGAUGAAAAACAAAUUAGAACAGUAUGCACAUAUGAAUACUAGUGAGCUCUAGUUGAUCCUGCUGUUUAAAUACGUCAUGUUGUGAUGGAUUAGCCCUGUAUAUAUAGCUGAUUAAUGAAUACAAAACUGCAGAUUUGCUUUUUAGUACAAAAAAACGUUGGCUCCAAUUGUCAUUUUAAUGAUAUAUUGAAGUCUACAGAAAUUCCCCUCC